AUGGCCUUCACGUAUGUCCCUGGCACCUUUGACUUCUGGGCGGCGCGCCAGUCGACGCAUCUCGUCGACAUGCACGAGACAGCCUUCGUCCCUUUCAACGUCCACCAGGCUGUGGGCACGGCAGGGCUGGGAUCCUGUUCUGUCGUUGCUAUUGCCUCUGAGCGCGCCGUCAUACUUGCUCACAUCCCGCCGCUGCCGGACUUGCACUCGCAGCGACCCGACGCGGGUGACGCCAACGUGCGGCAGAUGAUGAAGCGAGUGCGGCGACUGUACCGAGACAACCGCCAGUUCUUCGACAAUGCCGAGGGACGCGUUACUUGCGCCAUAUACGCCGGCGAGGUUGCGCUGCCGGACCAGGUAGCCAUCAUGCAGGAACAACUACGGCUAUUGGGGUUCGAGCCGAGUACCGAUUACUACCAGGUGCCAGCCGAUGCAAAUGUUGGCCGGGGCACCGUCGUCAUUGUCGCGCCGCCACAUCAUCAGGGACAGGUUGGUGUCUACGUCGAGGACAGCCUGGUGUCGUCGCCUGCCUCGUCGCCGUCGCCCCCGCCGUCUGUUCCCACAACGUCGGGUGCGGCGGUUGCCAAAUCGUCGUGGGACCGAGCAUGA